UCAGCAUAAUCAAUGGGGAGUGGUGCUGGAGGGGGGGUGGCUACAGCAGUUAGCCUGUGUGUGAUUCGCUGACAUGCACUCUAAUUGGAUCAAGUAGGAACUUGCUUAGCUGGAUGCUUUGUGCUGGGAUUGGGAGCAGCCUACAAAGAGAGCACGGACACGGCACCAGACAGGAAGAGAGGCAGAGAGGGAGGAGGCCCGAGGCUGCCCUGCUCACGACUUGGAGAGGAAAGACUAAGAGAGGAGGGGUGAGAGCAGAAAAAAGGGGAGUAUCCAGUCUUCCCUGCUCUUCUGUGCUACUGCAUCCCCCCUCCCUCCCUCUAUGAUUCUCUUUCUCUCUCUUUCCCCUUACUCAUCUAUUUCCUUGGCUGGGCUGAGAGGAAGGGCACCUGCCGCUCCCUGAUGAUUCAGCCUUUCAGCUGCUUGGAGCUCCGUAGACCAGACAGCAUGUCCCUCCUGCCACUGCAGUGCUCGGCCGUCCUGUCCUCUGCGCUACAGUUGCUGCAGCUGCAGCUGCCCCACCACAUCGACACCGCCUCUUCUUUCCAAGUGUUCAGCAACAUUGAUGACUGUACAGAUCCAGUGUGCCCUCUUGUGAAAAAGCAUGAGUAAGGAAUUCCUUUCCCUCGUGCACAGGCUUCCUACAUACGUCCCGCACUGUUAGCAAGGUUCGUCUCGCUGAACCAAUCUUUUACCUUCUUGUGAAAUCCCAGCUCUCACUCUGCAGCAUCAUGAUGGCAAACCUACUCAAGGACACCGGUGGCAGACAGUCACUGUGUGAUGCUCUGAGUUAAUAGUUGAGGUGUUCUGAGACACUUUAUCCAGCAGCUGGAAAGGAUGACUGAGGGAAUGGAGGACCUCUCCGCAGGGCCAACUCCCCCUCCUGGUCCGGCCUCCCCCUCCGGCUCUACUGUUGAUACUGGACAAGUCCCUGAGGAGAAACCAGAGGAGACGGAGGCAGCUGGUGAGAGUGAGGAAGAGGCUGUGGAUGGAGCAGCAGAUGGAGGUGGAGGUGGUGAUGGUGACGAUGGGGAGCAUGUGGGGGCUUUGGGAAUUGUGGCCUUGCCAGGGACCUGCUGCGUCUGCAUAGAGAUGGAACAGAUUAAUAACUGCUUGCACUCAGAGAAAAUCUGCAUUCUGCCCAUCCUGGCCUGUCUGCUUAGCUUAGCCCUCUGUACAGCUGGACUCAAAUGGGUGUUCGUAGACAAGAUCUUUGAGUACGAACCACCCACACACUUAGAUCCUAAACCCAUCGGACAGGACCCAAUUAUCAUAUCAGUAGACCCCACGCUGGUCAUAACUGUCUCCAUUCCUCAUUCAUCUCCCUCUACUGUCUCCCUGACCACCACCAUCGCCAUUACCCCAGGACAUCCUGAGGUUUUAGUGGAGGAGAAAUCUACACGAGGGCCAUACGUGUCUCAGCCUCCACGAGUGACUGACCCCUCUGUUACACUGCAAUACAAUGCUGAACGUACCACAGGCCCAAAGCAGACUCCCCACGCAAAGACAACACAGGGAUUAAACAACAUCAUCCCGACUAUCACUACCACCAGCACCACCACUACAGCCAAGACCUCCAGCCAUGUGACUCCCUGCAGUGACAGCAAGAAGAACUACUGUGUUAACGGAGGGGACUGCUACACUUUUGAAAUCACACCGGGCAGUGUGAAAUUUCUCUGCAGGUGUCCAAAUGAAUUUACUGGUGAUCGCUGCCAAAACUAUGUAAUGGCUAGCUUUUACAAACAUCUUGGGAUUGAAUUUAUGGAAGCUGAGGAGCUGUAUCAGAAACGUAUUUUAACAAUAUCAGGAAUCUGCAUUGCACUCCUAGUCGUGGGAAUCAUGUGUGUGGUUGCCUACUGCAAAACAAAGAGUCAGAGGAAGAAGCUACGUGACCGCCUGAGACAGAGCCUAAGGAAUAAGAGAAAAAAGAAUACCAAUGCGGGUACUGGCUCCAACCCUGUGAACUCUACUAGAGGACGUCCGAUUUCUAAUUUGCCUCUUCAGGAUUUGCAGCUUACCAAUCAAUGCAAUGGGACGACUAUACAGCAUGCAGCUGAGAAGGAAACCGAAACAACAUUCUCCACGAACAAAUAUGCCUUAUCUGCACAUGAAAAUACCACACUCACCCAAAUCUCAAGUCAAAGGUUCGUAUCUGCCACGACACCUCUGACGCGGAUGUCUGCGGAGUCCCAGACCUCUCUCGCGACUCCAGGUUCUCCACCAUCAGAGAUGUCAGCGCCCCUGUCCAGCCUAGCCAUCUCUGUCCCAUCAGUGGCUUUAAGUCCUUCUGGUGAGGAGGAGCGCCCCUUGCUACUGUCAAAGAGGUGUCAGCCACAAAAGUCCUCAAGUCGAGAUGAACAGAAGAGGAACUCUUCCCACUACAAUCACGGCCAUGUGGCGCAUAGCUUACCACCUAGCCCCCUGUUUACUACGGAGAACGAAAACUACCAGAUCAAAGGUGAUACCACAGCUGCCAGCCAUAUGUUUUCAGCAUCACCUGAGAAAUUCAUUAAUACAAACAACAAUAUCAACGACUGUAACACCAAAAUCGUUGCUGGCCAAGUGCUGCAUUAUAUAGAAUCCUGUGGUGACAUCAUGCUAGUGAGCGAAGCAGAGGUGCCUCAGGGGGAACAUAUACCCUUCCUUACUACAGAUAGCACUACAGCCCUUUUGCUGAGGGCUAUGGACAGCAGCAGGACUAACCCAGCAUCACUAAAUGAUGACAUGCAAGUCAAGUCAUCAAGCUCCACCAUCCAACAAGAUCCAGUUACUGUGUAAAGUAAAAAGAAAUUGCUGAAACUCCUUUAUGUUGAAGAAAAAAAUGAAAAAAAAAAAAAAACACUAUUAAACCUUUAUUUUCUAUAAAUUAUUUGCUGUGUAUAGACUUUUAAAAAUAAAAAAACUUUUAUUUUAGUGAAGUAGUGAAUAAAGAGUUUUAUAUAAAAAAAAAAAUGUACAAAUGUGGUCAUGUCUUGUAGGUAAAGUGCCAUACACUAGUAUGUAGCAACAGUUCACAGUAUAUUUCAAUGCAGAAAAAUAUCAAUGGUGCCUUUCUGUUUAGUAUACUUAAAGGACCAGUGUGUAGGAUUUAUGGGGGACCUAUUAGUAGAAGUGGAAAAUCAUGAUAAUGUUUUCAGUUUAGUGUAUAAUCACCUGUAACUAAAAGUCUUUGUGAUUUCUGUGGCUUAGAGCUUCACACUCCUUAUAUCUGUCCAGCUGUUUUCAGCUUUCCAUGUUGCACCGCCAUCUUGCUAUAGUAGCCCAUAACAAACAAAACGAAUGCUACCGCAAUGCUGAAUAAGUUACAAUAAUAUUCACUAUAUCACAUGGAAGCCGUAGUUGCAUAUGCUAAGUAACUAAAUGCAAUUUCUGAACAGUUAUAUGAACAAAUCUCAUCACUUAAUUAUGAAUAAUGGAAAUGGAAAUAACUACUGGCACCUGAUGGCCCCUGAAGGAUCUCCUAGGUGCUUGGAAUGGAUGGAGUGAACAUAGGGUACUAAGUUGGUUGCAGUUUGCAACUUCUAAAUCCUAGAUACUGGUCUUUUAAGGGAACUGUAACAAUGCAUACUGGGCCAUUUAUCACCAUCUUAAUCUUCUGGUUAACAAUAACAAAAAAUUGCUUGCUGGCUGCCUUUAACGUCCUGUUGUUGGAAGCACCCACUGACAUGAAAAAUACAAAUGGAGUUCACGGAGCAUGCGAUGCUAUACUUAAAUGCUGUGAUAGAAUAAUAAGCAGUUUGUGGUUUCCUCCGCAGCCAUUUGACUUGACUGGUCACUUAUCUGAUGUCCUUAUCUGAUUAAGGGCUGUCUCACUAAGGCUUUUCCAGAAAUACAGUACUGACGCCUGGAUUGACAUUCAUGAACAUGCUAUUAAUCAGCUCAUUACCUGCAUUUGAUGAGAAGCUGUUAGAGAUCAUAAUGUUUUUAUUCAUCGUUGGACUACACUACAAAUGAAAUGUCAAACACUGUAUUCUGCCAGUUGAUGAAUAUAAGAACUGCUGGAUAAAUGUACAACCACUAAAGUCUGCCUCUUUAGUGUUGCUAAUGUUGUCACCUGUGUAUUUAACAUAAACCUGAAGAUUGGUUGGUUUGAUUCUGUGUUGGGUUUUGAAUUACAUAUUUCAAGUUUACCAGUUCUAUAUUAAAAGGGCUGCUGUGGUGAGGCCUUAACAUAUAGAGAAUGGUCAACUGAAACAACAGAGGCCUGAUAUCCUGACCUCAAGUCCCUAGCAUGGGUCAACCAUGAUGCUGGAUCCUGCAUUUCCCAUAAUCCUUGAAAGUAUCCUUUUAAAAAUAGCAUUUUAUUUGUAUCUAUGCUGGCAAGUAUCCACAUCUUCACUGAGUACAAACAAACUCAGUUGAGAUGUGUCCACAAAGAAGCAACUAUAAGCUUGGAGACCAGCAGUUCCCAACAAUAGCAUCUUUAAAUCAAAAUUAUGUACAAAUUGUGAAUGAAAUGCUGAAUACACAGCUUUUGUCCUGUGUGAAGACGUCCAUGUGCUCCUGACUAAUGCAUUUUGGGGCUUAAAGAAACCGCUACGUGUAUACAUGAUGAUUAUCUGUUUUAAAAUGAGUCAUAUAUCUGAUAGAUGUUUAUUUUAUUUUUUUGCCAAAUUCAACUUCCAAAUAAUGUAUGCUUCUGUUUCAGCUACCACAGCUUGUUUCCAAAUGUGCAGUCUCAAUGUAUGUGUGAUUUGAAAGAUUUCACAGUGUUUGCUAAUGUGAGCAUAGUUUGUGAAAAUCUGCCAAAAAGUGUCACUUCUAGACUAUAGAAUAAACAGAUUUAUGAAAAGAAAAUCAACAUAGCAACUCAUGGGCUCUGUAAUCAACCAUAGUUUCUUAAAAUGUAUGUAUGUAGAAUCAGCAGCCUAGCAUAUGAAUACAUAUUAAUGGUGGCUAUACUUCUAUAUUUCACAUUUAGGUUAAGAUUAUUUAUUAUUUAUUUGACUUUUAAUUACCGUUGUAUAGAGUAUAAAUUUAUUAUGAGCUAAAUUGAUUUCAAAGUUGUAAGAUAUAUAUACAGUAUGUAUAGUCAUUUCAUCCAAUAAUUAUUGGUACUGAACAGAAAUUAACUACUUGCACAUUUUGUCACUUGUUUGCUUAGCAUAACUCACAAUGCAUUUCUUUUAGAUCUAGGAGUGUCUUCAAAUUAUGUAAAUACACCAUGAAAACCUUGAGCUCUGUUGUCCCUCAAUGAAUAUUAAAUCAGUUCUGUAGUUUGUGUCUCA